AGAAUGUGCAAGAGCUAUCAGACAGGGACACUAGUGAUGAUUUGCCUGAACACCCCUCUAAGAGAACACAAGGCCAAAAAAGGAGACGUCCAUCUACUGGAGGUGGAGUAUCCAGUAGAACUAGAGCUAGAAAAGCGGUGUCAGAUGGGAAUGAGCCGGCCAAAGAAAUGGCAGUCCAACAAGAGAGUGCCCCAGUGAGAGAUAAGACUUUAGUUUCGCUCUCACUUGAUGCUGAAAGUGAAGACAGUGAAGACUUGUCAGCUGUAUCAUCCAAG